CUCGGCCAGGCAGGCGUGGAGGUGGGUGUGACGUGCUGCUAUAAAAUGCUUGGCUGCAGGCAGUGCCGGACACACCGACACCUGGCGGCAAAGGGCAGUAAGAACUUCGGGCCCUUUCUACAAGUGAGUGAGAGAAGAAAGAGAAGUCAGAGAAAGGAAGCAAAGAAAGCAGCCGCACGACACCGAGCGUGAAGAUCUCGCGAAGUUUGGACAACGACGAUUACCUUUAUUUUGCCGCACAGACCCGAAGCUUCACAGUUGUUACCUGAAACAAACCUACCUGACAGUGAGGAAACAGAUGAUGGAGGUACGAUCCCCAGCACCACUUGUCAAGUUCCUCAUCUUGACGCUGAGUGUCACCCCCUGCACCAGCUUCACCUACCCGCCCCGCGCUUCUUACCCACAGACUGGUGGCUAUGGCAACAAGGGCACGCAACUGCAACAACAAAUGCCAAUUGGCUUUCUCUACCCCAACCUCCUCAAGAACCUGAAUUCCGGCUACAACUGGCAGGCACUACAACAAGCCUUACAGCAACGGCAAUACGCUGGACAGCAGCAGCAACAACAGCAGUACCUGGACCGCCUGCUGCAGACCCUGUACGGCACAUCUCACACAGGACAGGAGGAGGAGGCCGGCCAGCAGACACAGACGUACGAAGACAUCGAGGACCUGCAGGAGGCCAUUACAAGUGUGCUGGAUGCAGUGUACGGCCACGUCAGCACAACUCCUUCCUCCAAUGAAGAUGACGAUGAUGUCGAGGAAGAAACUACUCCAACCACUGCUGCUGUGUCCAGUACCACGCAGUCAUCCUAUAAUAAUAAUCACGAUGAUGACGAUGAGGAUGACGAUGAGGAUGACGAUGAUGAUGAAGAAGCAGUGACAACUCCACGCACAGUUUCAGAGUCCAGUACCACACAGCCACCCUUUGUUGACGACAGCGAUGAAGAAGAGGAAGACGAUGAUGAAGUAACUACGCUGUCGCCGGUGACUGAGGUCACAACCCAGUCCCUCGAUGAUGACGAUGAUGAUGUUACGACGACAACUCCAGUCGUCAAGGACCUUCGCCCCUGA